GACGCGGUGGCUUCUCCGCUGCCGGGGCGGUGGGUUCGGCCGCGCCUCCGAGCUGUGGCGGCGGCGUUCGCGGUGAGAGCGCCCUCCUCCGCGGGGGGGUGUAACGCCAGGCUCCCCAGCGGAGGAGGAGGUGGCCGUUGGCCUCCGCGGCGCGGCCUCCGCACCCUCCCUGUCCCAAUCGGCCCGGCGCCGCCUGCGCCCGCCCGCUGCCGGGCGGACGUUGGGCUCCCGCGGCGCGAUGUCGGCGCGGCGACGGCGGCGGGCGGCCGCCCAAGAGGAGGAAGAGGAGGAGGCGGCGGAGGAGGGCAGCGAGAAGGAAGUGGAUUUGGAAGAAAGACUUGUGGAUUUGGAUCUUAGAAAUGAUUCAGAUGUUUCCGAUGUUCCUCCACCAACAGACAGCACUCCAGAAAUCCUCAAAAGGGCUUUGUCUGGCUUGUCUGCCAGAUGGAAAAAUUGGUGGAUUCGUGGAAUUCUCACUCUAGCUAUGAUUUCUGGGUUUUUUCUGAUCAUAUACCUGGGGUCAUUUAUGCUGAUGCUUCUGGUCUUAAGCAUCCAAGUGAAGUGUUACCACGAAAUCAUUACUAUAGGUUACAGAGUGUACCACUCGUAUGAUUUACCAUGGUUUAGAUCCCUCAGCUGGUACUUUUUGCUGUGUGUGAACUACUUCUUUUAUGGAGAGACUGUAGCUGAUUACUUCGCUACAUUUGUUCAAAGAAGAGAACAGCUUCAGUUCCUAAUUCGUUACCACAGGUUUAUAUCUUUUGCACUGUAUUUAGCAGGCUUCUGCAUGUUUGUUUUGAGUUUAGUGAAGAAACAUUAUCGUCUGCAGUUUUACAUGUUCGCAUGGACUCAUGUCACUUUGCUGAUCACUGUAACUCAAUCUCAUCUUGUCAUCCAAAAUCUCUUUGAAGGCAUGAUCUGGUUUCUGGUUCCAAUUUCAAGUGUCAUCUGCAAUGAUAUUACCGCUUACAUUUUUGGGUUCUUCUUUGGCAGAACUCCAUUAAUUAAGCUGUCUCCCAAAAAGACUUGGGAAGGGUUCAUUGGAGGCUUCUUUUCCACAGUUAUAUUUGGAUUUAUUUUCUCCUAUUUUUUGGCUCAACAUCAGUACUUUGUCUGCCCUGUGGAAUAUAACAGCGAAACUAACAGAUUUGUGACAGAGUGUGAACCUUCAGAACUCUUUCAGAUGAAGAAGUACUCUGUGCCACCAUUGCUUCAAGCUGUGUUGGGAUGGGAGACAGUGAAUAUGUACCCAUUUCAGAUGCACAGCAUUGCACUGUCAACAUUUGCCUCAUUAAUUGGGCCAUUUGGAGGAUUCUUUGCCAGUGGAUUUAAAAGAGCUUUCAAAAUCAAGGAUUUUGCAGACACAAUCCCUGGGCAUGGUGGGAUAAUGGAUCGCUUUGAUUGUCAAUACUUGAUGGCCACUUUUGUUCAUGUCUAUAUCACCAGUUUCAUAAGGGGUCCGAAUCCCAGCAAAUUACUGAAACAACUGUUGAUACUUCAGCCAGAGCAACAGCUAAGUGUGUAUAAAAUACUGAAAUCUCACCUUGUUGAAAAAGGGAUCCUGCAGCCAUCUCUGAGGGUGUAGUUUGUCAGAACAGAGGAUGAGAAGAAACCUCUAUUUACAAGAAGCCUGUGGAAAAGCAUUGCAAAUAUGCAUAGAGGAAGAGUAGUUCGUGGUCUGGAAGAGGUGAACGUUUGCCAAAAUGAACGUGAAUGCUGUGAUUUCCUAUUGGGACACAGAAAAUCCCUUACUCCUAACAUAAUUAAAAUGCUUGCAAAAUAACAGUACACGUGCUGUAUAUUUUAGUUCCUGAAGUGGGUGGCAGCCGUCUGCCUUCAACACCCAGCCUCACAGGUUUUGUAUUAAAAGAAAAAAAAUCACUGAUAGUUUUUAAUUAGUUAUUUAAUAUUUUAUGUCUUAGCAAUACUAUUUAGGUCUCCAGUGGUUACUGGAGCAUAAACAGAUGAGGCAAGUAGUCAGUCUUUUAUGUAGCCCAGUGCAGAAAUUACAAUUGGCCAGCAAAUACUUCUUAGCCCAGUCAAAGAGGUACUUAGAGCCUGCUGUAUCAGACUACCUGUAUUUACUAAAUCACUAUGAAGGUGAAACAUAGCUCUGUUUUUAAUUAAACAGCUUUCUUACAAAAUUAUUUCAUGCUUUCAAGAGAGAAGUACCUUUACUGAAGUAUAGCUGGGCUGUGCGGCUGCUAUUUUUUUUUAAUUCAUGUUCAAAAUGGGAUUCUCCAACCCAGUAAACAGAUUGGGGGGAAUCUGGAGUUUAAGCCCUUGGUUUCCACAGCAUGGUCAGUGUCUGAAGACACUCAAGCCUUAUUCCUUGUGCCUCUUAACUACAGUGUAGAAUUGGGGGUGUUUCCUUCUUUUUAAAAGCACUUUGAGGUCCUGAGUAAAAAGUGAAGUUUAAGUGCUUUGUUAUUAACAUGUUACUCAGUGAAGGCAGAAAUUUUAAUCUCAUGAAUGUGCACAGUGCAAGACAGGACACAUGGUUCUUCUGCUGCCUGUUAUUAUUUAUUAAGAGGAUCCUCAUGCAAGCUUGGGCAACCACAUAGGCAUUUGAAUGGAGAAUGUUUAUAGGAAGCAGCUAUUCUGUAGACUUAGUGGGCCAUAUGAGGAAAGCUGAUGUUCUGUAAUUCUCAGUUCUAGCUGUUUUCUGACUUUUUUCAUCAUGGGACACGUCUUGAUGCAAAUAAAAAUAAUAUCUUUUUCUGAAAUUAUGAAAAUGAUUCCUGUACAAAUGGAAAGCACAAAAGCCAAUUUUGUUUUGAUAUACUGUAACUUGAUACAAUUUAAUUUUUCCAAUCAAUUGUAAAUAAGUUUCUCCUGCGGUGAAGGUACUAUAUGCCACAUAUGUGUGUAUAUAUAGAUAUAAAUAUUAAAAGUUGUAUGUAUAGAUAUAUUAAAGGUGAAAAUUUUGAAUGGGUGGUGCUAAUUGAGGAUAAAACCAUGGAGAAAAUCACUAGGGUGGGUGAUAGGCCAGAUCUGUAAAAUUCAGACUGCUUUUGUGGCAUGUCAUGCAGCUGAGAGCCCCAUGCACUGUUUUGCACUUAGGACACAGUAGCAAGUGUACAGCUCGUGUAUGAAAAAACAUCCCUGUACAGGAAACAAAAUCCAGGUCUAAAGUAAUUCUUGUUCAUGUCAGGUAUUUGAUAGAAUUAAAUUACCUGUGGCACUUCCUACAGCUGACCUGGAGACUGCGGUAAUGUAUUGAAGGAACACUUGAAGAGGUGAAAAAUGUCCCCAGCUGCGUUUCCAAUGGUAGCCGUGUGACUUGUGCUGUCAAUUGGAGGGAACCAAUUUUCAGUCGUUGCAGAGGUUGAAAGGUAGCCCUGCCAGGAAGUGUGACAUAGGGGAAGGGAAAAUGAGAGGGUGACUAAAGUAGCAUACCUGGAAAACUGACUUGGAAAUGGGGCUUUGGUUAUGUACAGGACUUCGGUAGAUCCUUUAUGAAAAAACACAGCUGUAUUGGAGCUGGUAUAUCCUUAUCCUGGGUAUUAAAAAAAAUAUAUUUAUAGAAAGGUAAUUGCUACUUUGGAAACUUGAACUUUUUAGUGUAAUUUUAUAGCAUGUAUAAUAAGGAAGUGAAAAUAUAUUUUAGCAUUUAAUACAACAGAGCAUUUGAAGUUAAUGACUAUUUGCACAAUAGAAGGUACAAUGCUGCGAUUCUACUGUUUAAUGUUAAAAUGAAGAAGGGAUCGCUUGUGAACUCACUUACCAGUUUUUCUGGACAGGUAAUAGCUUCCUGCUGGCUUAGGCUUUGGUGUAAAUAAAGCUCAGCAGGACAAGUCACUGUGAAGUGACAACUACACUUGCUUACUAUGAAGCGCAUUUACCCCACUUGUUACUUCCAUUAGUUCAAGCAUCGCAACAUGAUCAACAAGAAAGUUCAACUUCUACACCAGUGAUUCUUUUCACUUGCACUUUUGUUCCAAGUUGCUAUAACUACCCAUUAAGCAAAAAAAAGUAUGUAUAUUAUGUAAAUGUUGUAAAUGGUAUGCUCAUAUAAUGUCUAUUUUAGCUUGACUGUUUCAAUCUUUCAUUGAAGCAGGUGUUGUAAAAAAAAAAAAAAUAAAACUGGGACAGAAA